UCUCGGCGGAGUGUCCUCGUUUGUUUUUGUUGUGUGAGAGGAGAAGCAUCCAGCCUACAGAUUAAGCAUUUGGGGUAUUUAUAAAUAAUUUCCUCAGUUAAUUAUGUGAUGUUGCUUUAGAUCAGGUAGCUAUAACUGUAUUAUUUAAUUAGCGUGGUCCAUCGCUUCGUGCAGAGACUCCAUUAGAUCUAUGAGAGGGAAGCGAAUGAAAUGUCAAGCUAGCCAGCCAACUAGCUAGCAACUAGCUGUACAUGCGAGUUGGCUCACAACACCUUGCCAGCUACAGCCUAACGUUACAUCAAUAGAUUACGGGACAAGCCACUUCUCUGGGCAACUGUUUACGUUAUCCAUUUUCUACAAAAUCGUGGGGAUAUUUUAUCUAAAUCUCAAUCAUGAGUGAAGAGGAGAGUUCCACCUCAACCGGUUACAACAAGGACUCGAGCAUUUCGCUUCUAUUAAUAACCAAGGACGGACAGACGUACUACGUUGACAAGAGCGGUGUUGUCGACAGCAGAAAUGUAGUCACGCCGCAAGAGUCGGACAAUAACAUGUUCUCGUACGACAUGGAUGAUGCCGACGAGGAGAGCGAUGUUUUGGACACCUCGGACCCGCGUGACAGCGCUGCGAGUCCCGAAGAACUCAACGAGGAAGACGGGUUCGGGGAGAACGAGAACGUGUCGAAGACGUGCACGUACGACGGUUGUACGGAGACCACGACCCAGGUAGCCAAGCAGCGGAAGCCGUGGAUGUGUAAGAAGCACCGCAACAAAAUGUACAAAGACAAGUACAAGAAGAAGAAGAGUGAUCAGGCCCAAGGUCACGUGUCCAGCGGGAAACAAGAUGAGAGCUUGGAGGAGAGGCCUGUGUCUGUGAACAAGCAGCGUCUCGGCAUCAUGGGGGACCGGCCGGCCAGACCCUCCCUCAUCGAACAGGUGCUCAACCAGAAGAGACUGUCUCUGCUGAGGAGUCCUGAGGUCAUCAGGUUUCUACAGCAGCAGCAGCGUCUUCUGACCACCCAAAGUCACAGCCAAUCGUAGCCUGACUUCCAGGGCUGCUAACGGGACAACAGGGGAGGGGCCAGCCACUCUGUGUGUCCCACCUCCAGACAUGGGUUACAUUUUACAUUCUAGAACGAAUGUAGAAUGUUCUGGAAUUACGCUAACUCAUUCUGGAACUAUUCCAUCUGUCACGGUGACAGGAGAAGGACACAGUUGUUAGUACCUACCUAACUCAUGGGGGUUAACUAACCCAUAACCUUAACACAACCCUGACAUUACCCUAACUAUCUUAUGACCCGUUCACUUGAUAUGUGCAAACUGUCAAGUGCGCCGGUCGGACUGGUGCAGGACUAGGCCAAUUAAGUGGGUUGACCCCAAACCUCCACGCAGCCGUUCUUACGUGGUUUUCCCUUCCUGCUUUCUUAUGCAAUGAAUCAUGUGGGCCUAUACCCCAAAAGCAUAAAGAAACUGAAAUCCUUAUGUACUGAACUGCCCAUCCGGUGAGGUGAUCCAGCAUUGCCAUCUAGUGACGCCCAGCGAAAGAUAUUCAGGCUUGUUUACCGGAGUAGUAAAGACUGAAGCCGUGGCAGAAUAUUACAGAGUAAUGGAGACUGUACUCUUGUCGACAACAACUGUGCUUCCAAUCCAUCAAUCCAUCCAUUAAUCAAUCCAUCCAUCCAUUAAUCAAUCCAUCCAUUAAUCAAUCCAUCCAUUAAUCAAUCCAUCAAUCAAUCCAUCAAUCAAUCCAUCCAUUAAUCAAUCCAUCCAUUAAUCAAUCCAUCAAUCCAUUAAUCAAUCCAUUAAUCAAUCCAUCCAUUAAUCAAUCCAUCAAUCAAUCCAUUAAUCAAUCCAUCAAUCCAUCCAUUAAUCAAUCUGUUAAUCAAUCAAUCCAUUAAUCAAUCUGUUAAUCAAUCAAUCAAUCCAUUAAUCAAUCAAUCCAUUAAUAAAUCCAUCAAUCAAUCCAUUAAUCAAUCCAUCAAUCAAUCUGUUAAUCCAUCAAUCAAUCUGUUAAUCCAUCAAUCCAUCCAUCAAUCAAUCUGUUAAUCCAUCAAUCCAUCAAUCAAUCCAUUAAUCAAUCUGUUAAUUAAUCCAUCAAUCAAUCCAUUAAUCAAUCCAUUAAUCAAUCAAUCUGUUAAUCCAUCAAUCAAUCUGUUAAUCCAUCAAUCAAUCCAUUAAUCAAUCUGUUAAUCAAUCCAUCCAUUAAUCAAUCCAUUAAUCAAUCUGUUAAUCAAUCUGUUAAUCAAUCCAUCCAUUAAUCAAUCAAUCUGUUAAAUAGUUGGUAAAGCAAACCGCAUGCUUUAAACUUCACCACGUCAGCUAAAAAAAGGGAACUCAUUGUUUUAAUGUUUUAUUUUGUAUUGUCUGCUGUGUUAAACUGAUGUUUUGGACUAAUUUAGAUUUGAUUUUGAAAACAAGACUGUAGGAAACGGAUAGUAGAUGUGAUGAAGAAUAUCAGUUUAUACCAAAACUUCUAUUUUAAUAAUUAGGUAGCGUUGUGUGGUUGUUGUUAGAUGACAGAUGUAUCGAGUCUGAAUUCACUGUAUCAGAUUGCUAUCAGUUUUUCUGUGAUUACGUGUGACGAUGACAAUCAUCGGGGGGGGGGGGCAUAGCGUGAUUCUUGAAGGUGUGGGCAGGGUACUAAAGAGCUACUAUGUGACUGUCUGCUGGGUUUUUAAAUCAAGGUUGGGGUCAAUUCAGGAAGUAAACCUAAUUCCACAUUUUCCUAAUUCAAAAUCGUUGAAGAGAAUUGGAAUUUUCAAUUUACUUCCUGAAUUGAAAUGGGAUUUACCACAACCCUGGUAUAAUCUAUUUGUUGUGAUGUGUAAUCUGUCGCUUGGGGUAGAACCUGCACCCCUAACCACAGAUCUAGGAUCAGAUUACCCUAUGUACCAAUCCUUAACCAUUAAGUCCUAUUUAUACCAGGUUUGGGGUCAAUCCCAUUUAAACUCAAUUCACAAAGUACAGUGAAAUUCCAAUGCUUUUCAAUGAGUAAAGUUUGGAAUUAGUUUCACUUUCUGAAUUGACCCCAAACCUGAUUAAUACCAAAUGCAAUUCGCUAUGGUUAUCCUGCAUAGAUGCGUCGUGACAAAUUGCAGGUCUAGACACGUUUGCAUAUUUUUGUUGCGCAAGUACGAAGAGCGGCCAUUUUGCGUAGCUAAUUGCUUUCUUGCUUUGCGUUCUUGCGUAGGGUAUAAAUUAGGAUGGGAAUGACAUCUGACCUUGGAUCAGUGGUUAUAGGGGCAACUUCAACCUUUACAAGUCAUCUACUGGUAACAUCUGACCUUGGAUCAGUGGUUAUAGGGGCAACUUCAACCUUUACAAGUCAUCUAAUGGUCACAUCUGACCUUGGAUCAGUGGUUAUAGGGGCAACUUCAACCUUUACAAGUCAUCUACUGGUCACAUCUGACCUUGGAUCAGUGGUUAUAGGGUCAACUUCAACCUUUACAAGUCAUCUACUGGUCACAUCUGACCUUGGAUCAGUGGUUAUAGGGUCAACUUCAACCUUUACAAGUCAUCUACUGGUCACAUCUGACCUUGGAUCAGUGGUUAUAGGGGCAACUUCAACCUUUACAAGUCAUCUACUGGUCACAUCUGACCUUGGGUCAGUGGUUAUAGGGGCAACUUCAACCUUUACAAGUCAUCUACUGGUCACAUCUGACCUUGGGUCAGUGGUUAUAGGGGCAACUUCAACCUUUACAAGUCAUCUAAUGGUAACACCUGACCUUGGAUCAGUGGUUAUAGGGGCAACUUCAACCUGGUAUCUACCUACCACAUAAUGCUACUCCUCUCAUCAGGCUGUGCCUAUGUAAUGUCUAUUAAACACUGUGUUUGACUAUG